AUGACAGGUAUGAUGGGGGAGAGGAGACACUUAUCAAAUGUCUUCAUGACAUCUCCAAUCACAUCGGUGUGGACCGUACCACCCCUCCAUCCACUCUACAUCAUUCUACCUCCCCUCCACACUACUUUGACCACCCGUCCACCCUACCUCGACCACCCCUCCGCCCUACUUCUACCACCCCUCCACACUACUUCGACCACCCCUCCACCCUACCUCUACCACCCCUCCACAGUACUUCGACCACCCCUCCACCCUACCUCUACCACCCCUCCACACUACUUCGACCACCCCUCCACCCUACCUCGACCACCCCUCCACCCUACCUCUACCACCCCUCCACACUACUUCGACCACCCCUCCACCCUACCUCGACCACCCCUCCACAGUACUUCGACCACCCCUCCACCCUACCUCGACAACUCCUCCACCCUACCUCGACCACCCCUCCGCCCUACUUCUACCACCCCUCCACACUACUUCGACCACCCCUCCACCCUACCUCGACCACCCCUCCACAGUACUUCGACCACCCCUCCACCCUACCUCGACAACUCCUCCACCCUACCUCGACCACCCCUCCGCCCUACUUCUACCACCCCUCCACACUACUUCUACCACCCCUCCACCCUACCUCGACCACCCCUCCACAGUACUUCGACCACCCCUCCACCCUACCUCGACAACUCCUCCACCCUACCUCGACCACCCCUCCGCCCUACUUCUACCACCCCUCCACACUACUUCUACCACCCCUCCACCCUACCUCGACCACCCCUCCACAGUACUUCGACCACCCCUCCACCCUACCUCGACAACUCCUCCACCCUACCUCGACAACUCCUCCACCCUACCUCUACCACCCCUCCACUCUACCUUUACCACCCCUCAAGCCUACCUCUACCACCCCUCCACCAUACCUUUUCCACCCGCUCCACCCUUGCUGUCCUCCCUCUACCCUACCUUUCCUCUAUCCGCCUACCUACACUCCAUCGACCUACCUCCCAGAUAACGAUACGGCGUUGGGCCAACGUCGGCCACGGUCGGAAGGGUCGCAGUCGGCAAGCCAACGUUGGCUAA